AUGUCACCCGAGGACCUGGCUUCAGGCAAUGCAGGAGACGCAACCAAGCAUUUGGACCGAAAAAUGGUCCAUCCAGAUGGCCUCGCCACCGUGGUCCAUGGCAACGCCUUUGAUAUCGAAAGUAACGCUGCAUCAUCGCUUACAGCGGGCGUUACUGAGACAUUGGCCGCACGACAAAAUAAGCCGCACAAUCACUCUCCGCAUUUCGUCAUCCAUCAUCGAACAACAAGAUUCCAACACCUCUAG